UUUUACGCAGAUAGAUAAAACAACAAUGGUUAUACUUGUUAAAUAUAAGGUUUAUUUACGUAAAAUAUCAUACUGUUGAUUGUUAAAAAUGUGAUUUCUUUUUUAAUGUUUUCUUGUACAAAACAUGUCUUUUUAUAUAAAAUAUUUUCCUUAUUUAAAGCUUAAAAUUAGUAAUGUUGAAUCAGCUGUUUCCAAGUUCAGCUUCCGGUCAUUGUGUUGUAUUGUUGACUACGUAAAUAAUGAGCGGAAGAUUUGUCAAGACGUUGUCAUUUAGGUUGUUAAUGCUAAUGCAAGUGUAAUAUAAAAAGUCAUCGUUGGAAGGCAAACCUAGUUUUUAAAAUGUUUGAUAACACUUAGCAUUAUUUGAAGAUAUGGCAAGCGGGAAAGGAGUAAUCAAUUUGAGGUUUAAUCAAGAUCAAGGAUGCUUCUCAUGCUGUAUGGAAAGUGGCAUUCGUAUCUACAAUGUAGAUCCUCUGGUGGAGAAGGCACACUUUGACGUCGAGGUGACGGGCAGCGUUGCUCACUGUGAGAUGCUGCACCGCACCAAUCUGCUGGCGAUAAUCGCCGGAGGCUCCCGCCCCAAGUUCUCUGACAACACUGUCUUGGUGUACGAUGACAUCUCCAAGAAGUUUGUGAUGGAGAUCUCGUUUGCUGCCCCGGUGAGGGCGGUGCGUCUCAGGCGGGACAAGCUGGUGGCGGUGCUGAGCGACCAGAUCCACGUGUUCUCGUUCCCGUCGCCGUGCCAGCGGCUGUUCACGGUGGAGACGCGCAGCAACGUGCUGGGGCUGUGCGAGGUGAGCCCGAUCCUGGCGGCGGAGCGCCAGCUGCUGGUGUUCCCGGGCCACAAGCAGGGCAGCGUGCAGCUCGUGGACCUGGCCAGCACGGAGGCCGGCAUCUCGACCGCGCCCGUCACCAUCAAGGCCCACGAGCACGAGCUGGCGUGCCUGGCGCUCAACCAGCAGGGCACCAUGGUGGCCACGGCGUCGCGCAACGGCACGCUCAUCCGCGUGUGGGACACGGGGCGGCUGGCGCAGCUGGCCGUGCUGCGGCGCGGCUCCGACGCCGCCACGCUCUACUGCAUCAACUUCAGUCAGGAUUCUGAGUUUUUGUGCUGUUCUAGUGACAAAGGCACAAUCCAUAUAUUUGCCCUGAAAAAUACAAGCCUUAAUAGGAAAAGUGCUUUCGGGGAGUGGCAGCGCGCGCACGCCAACUUCCCCGUCCCGCCGGAGUGUGCGUGCAUCUGUGCGUUCGGCUCCAAGAGCACCAUCAUAGCCGUGUGUCUGGACGGGACGUUCCACAAAUACGUGUUCAGCGCGGACGGCAACUGCAACAGACAAGCGUUCGAUGUUUUCCUGGACGUGUGCGACGACGAAGACUUCUAGUACCUGUUGUGCCGCGACGAACUAGCUUCUACACUUCAGGAGCAUCAGUUUUGAGACAGCCAAACUUCUUAUGUGAUCUUUGUGCGGUAUUUUGAUACCCGUUUAAAAAUAUAAACGUGUAUAUAUUGUACUAUAGUCAUUUUAAUAGAUUGUUUUUUUAGUGUUUUUGGCAUGCACAACUAGGAUGUAUGAAGUUUGUCAGAUAAAUGAUGCCACUUUUAUAUUUUUUUUUAAAACUGAAGUAUUGUCUUUGUGGCGGAAAUUUUUUCUUUUUCAAAUGCCUAAAUUGUAACUGUUGCCAAAUUUUAUGUAUUGGUUAUUAUAGAAUAAUUUCUUGUUUAUAAUUUAUUUAAAGUAUGGCAUAAUUGUAUGUAUACAGGAAACACAUUGCAAAUGCAUUUUCCUUCUCUGUUUGUGUGGAAUGAAUCGUAACGACUAAUGUUUUCCAAAACAUAAAUAUCGCCAUGGCUAAGUUUCUAGCAAACAGCUGCCCACACCAUUUCAAGAAAAGGGCGGACAAACUGAAAUGUCGAAUAAGUACCUGCAAUAUUUUAUUUUAUAUCUAUUUUUUGCCUCACAAUUUUAAAAUCAUUUAAAUUAUUUAGAUUUUAUUUAGCUAUUUAGCGGUUUUUAUUUAUUCAUUUGAUUUUAGCCAGGAAAAUAAAAUUAAAAAAAAAAAAAAAGGAAACAUGCCAGUGAUUUCAAGAAAUUUGAAAUGUCUCCUUGUACAGUUUACAGGAACACCAUGAAAAUAAAAUAGCGUGUGCUUGCUCAUAAUAGUGAUGAUUUAUCUAUUCCUAGUGAAAUAAUUGACAGUAACUGAGAAAGCAGACACGGUUUCUACAUAUUCAUGUGCAUCACUUGCAGGAGUCAUUAAAUAUCCUUUUAUUUUUCCUUGAUAUGAUUUUCUCAGUGAAAUUUAGAAUCUUCCCAUCAGUGUUCAUCCAGUUCAUCCAGGGGAACGUUGAUUCAGCGUUUCCUAGAGUCUGUUGUAACGGCUUAACCUGGACAAUGAGCUCUCAUCGGUUCUCUUAUACUCACAUAUCCUUUUUUUAAAUACCUUUUACUAGAUUAAAUGUUCUCCAAUGUUUGUAACUACACAAUUUUUUGCUUACGUUUGUUGUAGAACAUUCCGCUGGGAAAGACACAGGAGCAGUGGUGUGUUAAUGUAUGUUUCUGAAAGUCUCGCCUCGGGUGAAUGUACAGGUAUGCCUUUACUGUUCGAGCCAUCUCGGUGACGUCUUUCUGACAGACCCAGUUCACUGGCUAGAGUUAGUAAUAAUUUCCCUCGCUGCCGGUGCACAUUCGGUUCGGGAACUAGCCUCCGACACCCGCACCUGUCUGUAACUGUGUGAAGUUUUGCCUUGUCUGCUCCACUCCCAAUGACAUGUUAAUCCAAGAAGUCUCAUAUUUUCAUAAAUUCUUCUCCCAAAGAAAACACUUCGCUAGAAAUCAAACAAGUUCUGGUUUGAUGAAACUCACUACACGUAAAAUAAUAGUUUAUACCAGAAAGGUAGUUUAAAAAAAAAAUUUGUAUAAAUCAUAUCAAGUCAUUGAGGAGGUAUGCUACUUAUGUUUUGUUAGGUUGGAUAAAACAAUUUUCCAGAACUUAGUGUGUAAAUAAUAAUUUCGAGUAAUUUUUGUGAAUGAGAAAAGGAACAAAAUAACAAAAAAAAUGGACCAAUUAGUUUGAUGGCUUGAAUUAAGCAUCAACUGAGUACUGCGUUUUAUUGUAUAAUCGUUGCACAUGUUAUACUAAAAUCAAGUUUGAAAAGUAGGUGUGCGACGUUUAUGUGAAAAAAGCAAUUUUUUGUUAGGUAAAGUUAUUCACAAAAACAAAAGCACGCCAUACAAUUUAAAUUAAUAAGUCAUGCAACAAAAACAUUUUGUACAACUUUAAAUAUAAAAUCCAAAACUGUGACGGGAACGUGAGUCGGAGUGCAUAACUAUCGUCGUAGUAUACACCACGAGAGAGCGUGGAAUAUCAAAUGUAGUUAACUCGGCACUAGACAGAGCGCGCGCGUUGCAUGCAAUUGAUGCGCUGUCUGUAUUGAUAUUCGACUACGUGUGCGCGCUCUGUAUGGGAAUCAACAGAAUCAAACAUGAAUGAUGCCAACUAGCGCUGGCUACAUUUUUUUGAGCGGUACACAGCGACGACAAAGACGAAAAGAUAAAGGUUAUAUAUAACGUUUGAAAAUGUCUUCAAAAGAAACGUUACACAUCAGACAUCUUAUUUCUGUUAAUUGAAUAAUUAAGCGGUAAGAUCCGAAUGAAUAUUAUAUUUCAACUUUAAAAUACUUUGUUUUAUACGGAAAAACUUGAUGGAAUGCUAGAUUGGUUAAUUGACUGGGUCAUGCACUACAUAGUUGAAAAUAAUGCCUACACUUACCGAAUUUAAUAUUUCUUACACGCAUGCCAUUGCAGUUUUGCACUGUUUGUCAUGAAAAAAUUCAAAAAUGCAAAUUAAGAAAUAAAAAUGAAACAUAAACCCACAGAGAACAGGCCUACAUCAGCUGAUGUCAAACAGAAAAAUCAAACGAUGUACCUAAACCGGUAUUACAGAGAACAUGACUGCGACUGCACGGACGAACACACAGGAAACCUCCUGUAUUUGUUGUGGUUGUCGUGUUCUCUAUAAUACCUAUCUGGUUAUCUUCAUCGUGUCUGUAUAAUUGCUGCGUUGUCCAGGUUUUGUCGUCUGUCUGCACUUACUGUUUUUUUUGAAAAUGUCUCCUCAUCGUUGUUAACCAGCUGUGUCUGUCUGUGCUGUUAUUGUUAUUUUUAACGACUAAAUUCCUUCCACGGAAUUCUUGUGCUGUCUGAUAUUUGAGUUUGAAUGUGUUCGUCUGUGCUGUCAUUGUUGUGUUGACCGUAAUAACUGUUUAGGUUCAUCGUUGUGUUUAUCUGUUUGACAUCAGCUGAUUUAGGCUUGCUAUCUGUGGGUUUAUGUUUGCAUUUUUGAAUUUUUUCCAUGACAAAACAGUGCAAAACUGCAAUUGUGUACGUCCAAGAAAUUGAAAUAAAUCAAAAUUCCCCUUUGUACGAAUCAUUUAAGGAAUACACUUCCCGAAUGUUGAACCACUUGUCAUUUCAGUCUCUCUCCCUCCCAUUUCAUGUGGGCAAGUCAUGUUUCUGAAAAAUUAUGAGAUCUCAGUUCUAAUGUUUUUGAAUUUGGUGUGUGUUUUUAAAAUAAUCAUGUUAUUUUGUAACUGUCUGCACUGCUACGAUUAAUAGACGUGUAAAUAUAGAGCUGUGGGAACAUCAGUUGAUGUUAGUGAACACAUUCUUUUGUCGAUACAACAAUUAUCUCACACACACAACUAUGUUCAGUGUAUAGGUAUAAGUUUAUUGGUUUUAUAAGACUACACUAUAAAUAUGUAUAAAAGAAAUUGAUGAUGUGUUAUGUACAAAACUAUAUAUGCAAACAGUUUACUUUUGUACACAAUGAAGCUAUUUAACAUUAAAAAAAAUUGACAUAACUGCAUAAAAAAAUUCUUAUUUUAAUAUACAUUAGUUUAGUAGUAAUAUUUAGCACUAAAACUUUAUAUACAUACUGCACUUGUUCCUAACCAAUUAAAGUUCAGUACUUAUCAUUAUUGUGAGGUACGGAGCGCUAUCUGUAUGUGUCAAUGUAGUGUUUCGAGUCAGUACGUUGAACUAGUGUGUAAACAAUUUAUGCUGUGCUUGUAACAACGGUUACCUUAUUUUGUAUUUGAAAUUGUUUGUGUUGUUAUGCUUUGUUUGAAUAUUUAAUUUUUACAAUAUUUGUUUUGUACUUGUGAAUACAGUUACUGAAAAAAUCAAGAACAUUGUUGGUUUCUUUGCUA